CCCCAUAAUAUCUCGCGUUGGCCCUCACGCGCAUACAUCCCAAUCUCUUCGCGCUAGGGUUCAUCGUACCAGCCGCCAUGAUGCCCCAGCCGCAGCCCGGCGUCGCCCCGCCGCAGUGGGGCGCCAUCCCACCGCCCAUGCCGCCUCACCACCUCUACGCGCCGCCGCCCCCCCAGAUGUGGGGCCAGCCGCUGCCGCCCCAGCAGGCCGCGUACUACGGCCGGCCGGCUGCCCCGACGCAGGCGCCCGCUGGGCACAACGAGGUCAGGACACUCUGGCUAGGGGACCUGCAGUACUGGAUGGACGAGAACUACGUCUACAAUUGCUUCGCGAGCACCGGCGAGGUGCAAUCUGUGAAGCUGAUUCGUGACAAGCAGACUGGACAACUUCAAGGUUAUGGCUUCAUUGAAUUCACAAGCCGUGCUGGCGCUGAAAGAGUUCUUCAGACAUUCAACGGGGCAAUGAUGCCAAACGUUGAGAUGGCAUACAGAUUGAACUGGGCGACUGCUGGUGAAAAACAUGAUGAUGGCGCUGAUUACACAAUAUUUGUUGGUGAUUUGGCUGCUGAUGUCACAGACUACAUAUUGCAAGAGACAUUUAGGUUACGGUAUCCCUCUGUUAAGGGUGCAAAAGUUGUAACGGAUAAACUGACAAUGCGCCCAAAGGGCUAUGGCUUUGUGAAAUUUGGUGAUCCCACAGAGCAAACUCGUGCAAUGACUGAAAUGAAUGGGAUGCUCUGUUCUUCAAGGCCCAUGCGUAUCGGCCCAGCUGCAAAUAAGCAAAAAGCAACUGGAGUUCAAGAGAAAGUACCAAGUUCUCAGGGGGUUCAGACUGACAAUGAUCCUAGCAAUUCCACCAUAUUUGUUGGUGGCCUUGACCCCAACGCUACUGAGGAUGUGUUGAAACAAGUUUUCACUCCAUAUGGUGACGUGGUCCAUGUUAAGAUACCUGUUGGCAAAAGAUGUGGUUUUGUUCAAUAUGCUAGCAGAUUCUCUGCAGAGGAAGCCCUGCUAAUGCUGCAAGGUACCAUGAUUGGAGGGCAGAACGUGAGGCUUUCAUGGGGUCGAAGCCCAUCAAACAAACAAGUUCAGUCUCAACAGGACUUCAACCACUGGGGUGGUGCUACUGCUAAUGCUGGCUACUAUGGCUACGGACAAGGCUACGGGGCUUAUGGAUAUGCUACUCAACCUCAGGACCCAAACAUGUAUGGGUAUGGGACAUAUGCUGGCUACCCAAACUAUCCACAACAAGUAGCACAGCAGCCGCAGCAGGAACCUGUAAAAUCUUCGUUAAGUGUAGAUGCCGUCUGACUUAGGGCAGUCAUGUUAUAUUGACAUCAUCCUGUUACAUCAACAUAUGCUGCUUGAAUGGUAGGUUUUUUUGUUUGUUUGGGAUGGAUGGGAUAUAGAUACCAAAACAUUUUUUUGGUUUAUUAAAAGAAUCGACUAUAUAUUAAGGAAAAAUAAAUCCAUGCUCUUAUAUUGGUA